AAACUCAACAGGGAGCUUCGGUGUUUGUAGUUCGUGGAGAAACUAGAAGCAGCUCGGGUUAAGAUGGGCUCUAAUGAGUCUAAUGAUGGACACACGACGUGUCAGGCUGAGAAGUGUUAUAACCCGCGAGACUCGACACUUCGCUUCGUGAACACAGAGGACGAGUUCGACUUUCUAUAUGAAGGUUUCAAGUCUCGCAGAGCUCUGAUGUCCUGUGGUCACGCUGUGACUCCGACGUCUCUGACCAACUGGUGCCGCAGGUUAUUGGACCAGGGUGAAAGCAGAUUCACAUGUGCCCAACGUGGUUGUGUCUAUGAGUGGCCUUUCUCAGAGGUUCGUAAAAUGGCUCUUCUGACACCUGAAGAAAUUGAGUAUUUUAAAAAAGCCUUGGCUGCCAAUGCUCAAAAGGAUAACUUGGAUACCAAAUUAUGUCCUGGAUGCAGAUCUUCUUUGGUGAGAAAGGAAACCUCUAAUCUGAGCGUCCACUGCACAGUGUGCACAGCAAACAGAGGACGGGUCUAUGAGUUCUGCUGGCAGUGUUUGAGGGAGUGGAAGGGUCCGGCUCCACGCUCAGACCGCUGUGAAAACGACGGCUGCUGCAACGAAUCACUGAAAGCGCUGAAAAACUGUCCAGAUAUCACCUUUGAGUCUGUGACAGGGGUCACUGGCUGUCCCUCCAUCCGAGCCUGUCCCACCUGUGGCUCACUGGUGCAGCAUAGCAGGAAGCAUUGUAAAAGCAUCGUCUGUCCCCGAUGUCAGGUGAAGUUUUGUUUUGUGUGCCUGAAGCUGGCUGAAGAGUGUUUCAAGACAAGUAAAAUUUCAGGACAGUGCUCCAGGGGUGUUGCCCCCAGACAGAGCUCUAUACCCAUGUGGAAGAAGUAAUGAUAUAAACAACGCUAUGUAAGUGCUUCUGUUUCUUUUGAUGUGUCUUUUCUUAAUUGCACCAUUGCUGUAAUUUACAUUCUUCUCUGGUUUUGAA